AUGUCAUCAUUAAGCGAAGAUUAUCAACAACUCGGUGACCUAAUUCUUUAUCUUCCUGCCUUGGAGGAUUAUAUCAUGGACUUGGAAGAUCUAACAGAACUCUGGUACGACAGCGAGACGAGAAGAAUUGCCACCACAGCAAGCCGCAUCUUGGAGAUAAUAUAUACAUUACUCAUAGAUGGCCUUGAAGACACGAUGAGCGAAGAUGGAGUAAUAAUACCGACGGGUGUGGUGCCUGCGGACGAGUCAUUCGUGGCAAGCUUGGAGAUCAAGAAAGCUAGUGAAGAGUUGGCUAAUAGUGGUGAAGUUUGUUCGGUUUGUCUUGAAGGAUGGAAAGUAGGAGAUGAUGUCAAGUACACGCCUUGUAAACAUUGCUUUCAUCCCGGUUGUGUUGAUAAGUGGUUCAAGAUUAAUCACUUCUGUCCACUUUGUCGAUUCGAGUUGCCGUCUGCGAGAGAUGUUAGAGGCCAAGGUGUUUGA